GUGGGUGGGUGGGGGGUCCUCUGUUCUGCCUGGCACUGGGGGAGAGAAUGUGAAGUGGCACAGAUUAGCAAAUUUGUGACGCUAUUACAGUCACAGUGACGAUCAUGAGUAGACACUUGGACAGGCUACUUACACAACACCCAGCCGGGAUGUCAACAACAUCAUCACUUCUCUACUUACAUGUGAAGUCAAGAUAAUUCUACCAUCUACACUGAGAAGAGUUUCAUACCCGACAACAGCUUGAGCAAAUUAAGUUUACUGCUCCACCAUUGGAAAACCUUCCUUGAAGCCGGAUAUACGUGAAACAUCAUCUCUUCUAGAGAAUGAAGCAACAGAAUCAAACAACUGUCGGAUCUUUGAAACCAACUAUCGUGAUUCUUUGACUGAAAUUGUGUGAUGGGAUGCAGAAGGAUGGACAGCAACAUUUGACACUCAUACAACAACAACAAGUGAGUUUUCACAGAAGCUGAGAUAAUACAGUUAUAUAGUUGUGGUGAAUAGAAAAUCAUCUUUUUCUGCACAUUCUUGCAAGGUGUCAGUCUGGUUUUGGGCUGGCUGAGCUGUGACCACUGCCAUGCCUGACAUGCAGACCUUUUACCAGCCCCGCCACACCAUCCUUCACCCCCCAGGUCUCUACCUGGACCCCACUCUGAUGCAGCGACGUGUCCUGGAAGAUCAAGUGGAGCUGUGGUGGUUCAGAGAGCCACGCCACUCCCUGUUGUGCUACUGUGCCUCUGUGGCCCUCAUACUGGGGCUUGGCCUCGGAGGCGUGGGCCUCCUCUCCACCACCAGCAGCCUGUCCGGGGAGUGGCGCCUCGGAGUGGGCACUACCCUCUGCCUCUUAGCCCUGGCUGUUCUGCUCAAGCAGCUUCUCAGCUCUGCCAUCCAGGACAUGAACUGUGUGCGCAGCUGGCGUAGGAUCGACCAGCUGAAGAGCGGCGGCAGGGCUGACCCGGCCCUGAUGUUAGCCGUGGGGCUGGCAGUGAUGCUCUGUGGGACGGUGCUUCUCUGUGUGGCCACAAUCGGCAGCCAACGUCAUGACGGCAAGCAGAUGUUGGUGUCCAGCCUGGUGCUGAUGGCUGCUGGGACAGGCAUGUCUCUAGCUGUAGUGGGCUACGGCGUGAUCAUCUACCUCAGAAGAAGAAGGGAGCAGAGGAGGAGGAUGAUGCUGAGAAUGAGCAGAGCGAGGAGGCUGGGCGGUCAAACUGUCAGGGUAUUCAGUGUCUCAGGAGGACAGAUGAGUCAGGCCAGGAGAGAGACAUCCUCCAGCAGGACCAACCUGAUCUGAAUGGACUAAAUGAGCAAAAUCACUCAGAGGAAAAGGAUCAAAGAGCCUGUGAAAUGAAAGGUUUUUAUUAAAUGUGUCUAGCAGCUGUAAAACAUUUCAAACAAAGAGAUGAAUUCAGGAGAGCAUAAGUAGCCUUAGUCUUCGGCUCCUCAGCUGUGUGGACAUUUUUUUUGUUUCCAUUUGCAUAAAAAUGACUACUGUUAAACAUCAGCAAUGAGUACUUCAAAAUAGUUUGUAAAUGAAAGACAGAUUGCUGCACCGCAUAUUUUCAACAAUGACUCAAUCAUUCAUUGAUGCACACAUCUUAUGCAUGUCUUUUACUGUCUAAAUACACCAUUGUGAUACAAUUAUGAUUGAAAAAAAAAAGACUCAGUAAGUGUUCAAAUCAAAUCAAAUCAUCACUGUUCAAAAAGAGGAAAGACACUCUUCUGGCAAACAGUUAACAAGCCUUUAAUCAGGUAGCGCUGCGUAUCCUAACAUGUUGUCUGUGCAUGAAAUAACAAUCUGAUUCAAGGCUUUUGAAGUUUUGUGUACCAUACUAUUUAAAUGUGCUCAUUUUGGACACAAGUCCAAUCAUAAUCGCAACUUCAUUUUCAAGCAGCUGAGGCUCAUUCAGUUUUCACGUUCAUCAUAUCUACACAGCACUUUCAGCGGUUCCCAAACUGUGGGUCAGGACCCCUUCAUGACUCGACAUAAUGUUAGAGGCCACAAAAUGAUUAAUAGGGACAGGAAAAAGAAAAGUUAUGAUUCACAAAUGUGUUCCAUCUCUCUCUCUCUCUCUCUCUCUCUCUCUCUCUCUCUCUUACUCUUCUUUUUUCUUCUUUUCUUCUAAAUGAAACAAUAUGGAACUUGUUUUUAGGGGAACUUACUCUUCAUAGUUCAUAGAUGUUCAAAUAGAAGGUGUAAGAGGUUGCAUGUAAGACAGUGAUUCAUUUCAAGAAGUAGACAGUCACCCUAUAGUGAACUGAAGAUCAUCGUCGCUGUCUUCCUCCUCAUCCUCUUCCUCUAUCUCUCUCUCUGCCCUUUCUUUCUCACUGGCCUGGAUGUAGUUAUCCUCGAUGAAGCCAUCGUCAUCGUCAUCCAGCCCUCUUGAAGUGCCUCCAACCACUCCAAUUCUACCCAACGCAUUGUUAGGGAAGGGCGGCUCGUCCUGGCCAUACUGGCUGACCCCGUCGGCCUCCUGGAGCAGGGAGUGUCUGUAGCUGGCCAAGAAGCGAUGGAAGAGACGAAACUUGACAGUCAUCACGAUGAGGAGUGAGAUGGUGAGGACUGUGCCCAGUCCUGCAACCAGAUAGGACCACUCCAGCGACUUCGUGCUCUCCUCUGUAUCGGCUGCCCCUGGGUACGCAGCAGUAAAAAUAGACUUUAUAGCAUCUAUAUGUAGCUAUAAAGACAGCGAGGUCAACACCAGUGCAUUCACACAUGCUUCCUGUAAAUAUGGUGUUAUAGAGUUCAAAGUUCCUCUAACACACCUGGUUGUAAAUAGUUAUAGAUGAUGGUAAAGUUUGUAACUUACUUUGAAUUCCAGAAACGUUUCUGUUGGGGUGAUCUAAUUCCAUCAGAAGAUGCCUCUGAGCGCCUUUGUGUCCCCCAACAUCUGAUAUAGUAGCCUGAUGUGCUUCUCUGAUAAAAGCUCCACAAAGAAAAAACACCGCAAAGAGGAUGCAGCUCCACGGGCCCAUCUCUGCGUCCUGAGGUGAAAUCAAAUCAUGAAGUGGUUACAUCUACUGAGGAUCAUGACAUGGUACCAUUUACCAUUUAAAGGUGGGGCGGCCUACAAGAAAAGCCCCUUUUGUGAUGCCACCCCAAAGAAAACACUAUGCAGGGAAACGCAAAGAGGAAGAUAUGCGCUAAAAAGGCCGUAAUUGAUACUCACUUGGUUUGAACUCAAGAAAGCAUCUUUACGCAGAAUAAAGAGGUGAUUUCAUCCCCCAUCACUUGUAUUGCAUAAGGAAGGGAUCUUUUUGGCAGUCAUUGUGGAGAGAAGUAACAAUCAGAGCAACCAAUAACUCUUUCAAUGUACAUAAAGGUAUUGUCAGUAUUGUUUGAAGACGGACUUUGAAUUAGUGUAUUGGUAAUGUUUGGCUGAUGAGACAUCCUGACACCUGAAGUUUUAUAUUUCAUGGCCAAUAAAGUUUUAACCAUGUGUCAUGCGACUAUCAAUACAUUUAAAACUGACGCUGGACUAUUAGAGGGUAAGAUAAUCUGAAUGCUCAAAGCACGUUCUGAUUUGAUUGGACAUUUUGGAGAUCUACAUUGUUAGAUACAAUCUUUUCUGUUUUAUAUUUCCUUUCAUACGAUUUGAUUCAAUUUACACUGUUGAACACAUUUGAUUUUGAAGAUUUGAUUAGACUUUAGUUACCUUCUACAUCAGGGGUGUUCAGAACUUUUUGAUUGUGGGCCAUAUACAAAACAAUAUAAGGAGUCACACACUAAACAACACUGCAAGAAAAUCUGUGUUUUUAGACCAGAAUGACCAACCAAAUGAGUUAAUUAUUAAUUAAAGAUUAAUUUUCUAUCAAAUGAACUACCCAAAACUACUAAACAGUUCAACGUUUAACAUGACAGUAGUUUAUUUGUGUGCUAUUUUUGUAUCUGCUGUUUCUAAAUUUGAUUAUAUUAUGAUGUUUUGUGUAAAUCUGUAAAUAAGUAAAGUUAAAACAAGCAGAAAUGACCAAAUACUAAGUGGCCUAAGCACCCACUUAAAAGAUUACGAUGCAAAUGUGAAUGUAAGAUGUAAAUCUAUACGUUUAAUAUUAAGAUGUAACAAACACAGUUGGUUUCUGUGCCAAGAGCUUAAGACGGAGAAAAAUUCUAGUUUAUUUUAUAAAAUUGGGGAGCAGGCCGCUGUUGGCCAGUUGGCCGUGGUUUGAACCCCCAGAUCUACAUAAUGAUACACAAACAUUGUUGACAUCAUCAUCAAUGAUCGCAACCCUUUGUUUUGGGUCAUCAUAACCCUGAAAUAUCAGAGUAAAAGAGUUUAAAAAAAGCUGAUGAAUCCAUAAUCCAUGAGCAGGUGCCUUCAACCAGUAAAUAAAACAGAUUAGCAUGAACAAAAACAUUCAUCUUUGUGUUUCAGUAUAUUCCCCUUUCACACAGAAACUGUCACAUGGUUUUAGGGAGCGGAUUUUCAGGUAUGGAGCAAUGUCCAUGAUUAUAGUCCUGAACUGCUUACUAAUUAACUUUAGACAUAGCAUCAAUAGACCUAUGUUGUACAGAGGACAAUCCCAAUUCCAGAGAGCAGAAAUACAGCACAUCCAUGCUACGUAGUUUGGCUGAAUGUAUUUAAUUUGAGGCAGCAGUACACUGGUAAAAUAAAAAAUGUAUCUGGUGAUGCAUGUCAGCACACGGUAGCUGUGCCUCAGUCAAUCAUUAGUCGUAUGACCAAAAACAGACCCAAUAAUGUCUCACCUACAGCACAGUAGCACACACACUGUCAAUCUACACAAUCUAACAACAACAUACACACACACAAAGUCUAAAAAGACUUACCUGUAUCAAAAUAUGACAACUGACAGAGCAGGAGUACUGCGUCACCUCGACCUGACUUUUAACUGCUGUUUUUGUCUUCCUCUACUGACAAUAUAAAGAGACUUGCUGAGCAAAGGUUGCAGGACAUACCAUAAUACCACCCUUCCUGUAACAAGCCCUUAACACAGAGAUGUUAAUGAGUGACUUUAUUAGGUUUUCCUCCAUUUCUCCUCCCUAUUGCUUUUUUCUGAGGAGUGAAUGCAAAAAUUGUGAGUGAAACCAUAAGGCGCUUGAUAUU